GGUUCUUUCUCUGCAACUCGCCGUCAGGGGAAGAAGCGUAGAAGAGUAUCGUUGUCUGAAGAUGGCGACAUACGGAGAUAGACUGAAGUCGACCUCCAUUAACGGAGUCAAGCUAUACCAUGUUUCAUCUGCACCCAACGUUGCGACUUGGCUAAACCCUAAGAAGCAACGAGCUCUCCGCAAAAACCCUCAGUAUAUGCAGAGAGUGGAGCUUAUUCAGGAUUUGAAGUUUGAGACUGCUACUACUAGAAUCAAAGCUACUCCAGAUGGAGAGUAUCUGAUUGCUUCAGGCAUAUAUCCACCACAGGUCAAAGUUUAUGAGCUAGGGCAGCUUGCUUUGAAGUUUGAGAGGCAUUUGGACUCUGAGAUUGUUGAUUUCGAGGUAUUAGAUGAUGACUACUCAAAGCUUGCCUUCUUAUGUGCUGAUCGUUCUAUUCAUCUACACGCCAAAUACGGGAAGCACCACACUUUACGGAUUCCAAGGAUGGGGAGAGACAUGACAUAUGAUAACUGGUCUUGUGAUCUGCUUUGCGCUGCUUCCUCACCAGAUCUAUACAGAAUCAAUUUGGAGCAGGGAAGAUUUCUCUCUCCGCUCACCACUCAAUCCCCGGCGCUGAAUGUUGUUUCUCGAAGCAAUCUCCAUGGACUGGUUGCUUGUGGUGGUGAGGAUGGUGCUGUGGAAUGUUUCGAUAUGAGAAUGAAAUCAUCUGCUGCUAGGAUCAAUGCGGUUACACAUGGUGGUGAUGCUGCUUCGGAGGUUACUGCUAUAGAGUUUGAUGAUAGUGAAGGUCUUCAAGUAGCUGUUGGGAGUAGUGCCGGAAAGGUAUUCAUAUACGACUUGAGAACUUCAGCUCCCAUACAUGUGAAGGAUCACAUGUACGAGAGUCCAAUUUUGAGUAUUAAGUGGCAACGAACUCUUAAUACUCAACAACCUAAGCUGAUUACUACUGACAAGCAGAUUGUUAGAAUAUGGGAUCCGAAUACUGGAGAAGGUAUGACCAGCAUUCAACCGAGUGGAGGUGGAAUAAACGACAUUUGUGUGUUCCCUGGAAGUGGACUAAUGCUUCUGGCUCUAGACUCUAGCUUAAUCCCAUCUUACUUCAUACCUGAGCUUGGUCCUGCCCCUAAAUGGUGUUCUCCUCUUGAAAACCUAACGGAAGAGAUGGAGGAAACUGGACAAACAACCAUUUAUGAUAACUACAAGUUUGUGACGAAGGAAGAUCUUGAGAAGUUGCAGAUGACUCAUUUGAUUGGCACAGAUCUUUUGAAAGCUCAAAUGCAUGGGUAUUUUGUGAAUCACAAUCUAUACAAAAAGGCUUUGACAGUGGCUGAUCCUUUUGCGUAUGAUAAGUACUUAGAAGACAAGAAGCAAAAGAAACUAGAAGCAGAUCGUAGCCAGAGAAUCACAAAGAAGAGAAGGUUGCCAAAGGUUAACCGUGAUCUCGCAGCCACCCUCCAAAACGAGGAGGAUGCAGAAGAGGAAAAGAAGAGCGUUGGGGAUGAGGAAGCUGCAAAGAAAGCGUCGAAGAAGAAGAAACUCGGACUUAGUGAUGAGAACUUCACAGAUGGUCGGUUUGGAGCUAUGUUCCAAAAUCCGGACUUCCAAAUUGAUCCGGAAUCAUAUGAAUAUGGUGUCCUGCACCCUGUUGCUUCUUCUAAGAAGCAACCUUCUUUGUUAGAUGAACACUUUGAAGCGGUAACAGAUGACGACGAGAACAGCGACUCUGAUGCAUCACAAGGCUUAGACGACGAAUCAGAAGAUGGAAGACCAAGCAAGAAAUCAAAAACUCCAAAGUUGUUUGAAGUGAAAGACGAGCGGCAUGCGGAAGCUUUCCACCACCGUAGAUCACUGGCUAAAGAGGACAGUCUUCCAAUGGGCGAGCGUGUUAAGGCCCUAGAGAACCGGCGUGGCAACUUUGGAGACUCGAAAGAUGUUAAGUUCGGCCCUGGAGGUUCAAGGGAGCUUUCUUUCAACGCUAGGCGCUCAUCCACUUACAAAGAAGAUAGAGACGAUGAGGAUGGAGACGGGCAAAGAAACAAGAGGAGAGGAGUUCAGUCUCUUGGACUGAAACAGGAUGUUGUUAGAGGCGGUUUCAGAGGUAGAGGUAGUGGCGGUUUUAGAGGGAGAGGAGGUGGUGGUUCCCGGGGAAGAGGAGGAGGGGGACGUGGUGGUGGUGGUGGUUUCAGAGGAAGAGGUGGCCGUGGUGGUGGACGUGGCGGCAGAGGAAGAGGCCGGCAAUAAAUGUAGCAUUCAAAGGAUUUUUAUAUUAGUUUUGGAAAAUGUUCACUUUUGAGAAUCUUUCACAUAUACAAUUUUGGAUAUUUUCGACCUGUUCUUGAAAUGCUAUUAGAGCUGGCUGAUGUCUUCAA